AUGACGGCCUUUGUUACACCGUUCUUGGAGUCCUUUGCUUCGGCUGGUCUCUCUGUUCAGCUAUGCAUUCUUGUGGGUCUUGUUGUCGUUGUUAGAACCGCCAAGGAGAUCCUGGAGAGUAUCUAUGUGUACUUCCUCCGUCCUGCCAAGGACCUCAAGAAGCUCGGAGAAUGGGCCCUUGUCACUGGUGCCACGGAUGGCAUUGGCAAGGCCUAUGUGUACGCAUUAGCCAAGCGAGGAAUCAGCGUUGUCAUGGUCAGUCGCACAGAAAGCAAGCUCCAAGCAUUGAAAGAGGAAAUGGAAGAAAAGAAGUACGACGGAGUCUCCUUCAAGUACGUCGUCGUCGAUUACUCCAACUUUGAUGAAACAGUUCGCAACCACUUGUACAAUGAGACCAAGGAUUUGGAUAUUGGUGUUCUCGUCAACAAUGUCGGCAUGAGUUACCGUUAUCCACGAUACUUUCACGAACUCAAGUCGGAGGAGGUGGAUCAGUUGACGGAAUUGAACAUUAGCAGCACCACCUGGAUGACCAAACUCUACGUC